AUGUAGAAAACUGAUUUUAACUUCAAAAUAUGCGCUUGCGGAAAAGUAUUUGAACCUUACUCUUCCUUUGAAGCAUAAGUUAAAUGUGACACUUGUUUAGAAAACAAAAAAUUUUCAACAAAUCAAACAGAAAAAGUACUCUUGGAUCAAUAACAAGAAUAAUAUGCUAAUUAAAGUGGUAAUACAAAACAAAAGUAAGAAGAUGAAGAAUCUAUUAUAGAAUUUGAUAAGCCAAUUAAAUUAAAUUCAAAUUAUGGAAACUAUGAUCAUCAUAUUGGUAUUAAAGCCUAAUUACAAACAUUAGGAAAUGCCUUAUAAAGUUUAAAUAAAUAUGAAGAAUCAAAUAUUGAACAGGAGAAGGCGAUUCAAAUUGAUCCAAAUAAUUGUUGUGACUACAUCAAUAAAGGUAUUAAAACAUCAUUACAAAUAUUAGCAAAAGCUUUAAUGAAGAUAAAUAAAUUUGAAGAAGCAAUUUAUGAAAUUGAUAAGGCAAUUUAAUUGAAUCCAAAUGAUCCCAUCUGUUAUAAUAUGAAAGGAAAUUCAUUAUAAAGUUUAUAUAAAUAUGAAGAAUCAAUUACCGAAUAUGAGAAGGCGAUUCAAUUAGAUUCAAGUAAUAGUAACUACCAUUAAAAUAAAGCAAAAGCAUUACAUCAGUUAAAAGAUUAUGAAGAAGAAGUUAUUGAACAUGAUAAGAUAUUAAAAGUGACUUAAAAUAAUCCUGAAAAGGAAAUUUUUACUAGUAUCAAAGCGUUAUUUAAUAAAUUAGGAAAUUAAUUAUAUAAAUACGAAGAAUAUGAACAAUCAAUAAUAUAAGUUGACAAGGAAAUUGAAUAAAAUCCAACUAAUGCUAAUUCAUAUUAUAAUAAAGGCAUCAAUAUAAGAUUAUAUCAUAUAGGAUUACUCUUAUAAGAUUUAAAAAUGUUUGAUGAAUCAAUUAUUUAAUUUAAAAAGGCAAUUGAAAUAAAUCCAAAUAAUGCCAUGUACUAUAAUAAAAAAGGAGAUGUUCUAUGCUAGAUACAUAAAUAUGAAGAAUCAAUUAUAGAAUAUAAUAUGGCAAUUUAAUUAAAUCCAAAAUCUCCUACGUACUAUUUUCAUAAAGGUAAAGCAUUACUAAAAUGCAAUAAAUCAAUCAUUGAAUUUGAAAAGGGAAUUGAAUUAAAUCUAAAUGAAGCUAACUACUUAAACAAAAAAGGUUUAAAUAUACAAACAAACUAUUUAGGUUUCCCUUUAUAUAAUUUAAACAACAAUGAAGAAUCAAUUAUAAAAUAUGAUAAAGCAAUUGAAUUAAAUCCAAAUAAUGCUAAAUACUAUUAUAGUAAAGGAAAUGCUUUAUACAAUUCAAAGAAAUAUGAAGAAUCAAUUAUAGAAUAUGAUAAAGCAAUUGAAUUAAAUCCAAAUGAUGCUGAAUACUAUAAUAGUAAAGGAUAUGCCUUAUAUGAGUUAUAUAAAUAUGAGGAAUCAAUUAUAGAAUUUGAUAAAGCAAUUGAAUUAAAUCCAAAUUAUGAUGAUUACUAUAAUAGUAAAGGAAAUGCUUUAUGCAAUUAAAAGAAAUAUGAAGAAUCAAUUAUAGAAUAUGAUAAAGCAAUUGAAUUAAAUCCAAAUUAUGAUGAUUACUAUAAUAGAAAUGUUUUAUGGAAUUUAAAGAAAUAUGAAGAAUCAAUUAUAGAAUAUGAUAAAGCAAUUGAAUUAAAUACAAAUUAUGAUGAUUACUAUAAUAGUAAAGGAUUAGCAUUAUAAGAGUUAUAUAAAUAUGAAGAAUCAAUUAUAGAAUUUGAUAAAGCUAUUGAAUUAAAUCAUAAUUAUUCUUAAUACUAUUGCAACAAAGGAUAAGCAUUAUACAAUUUAAAGAAAUAUGAAGAAUCAAUUAAAGAAUAUGAUAAAGCAAUUGAAUUAAAACCAAGCUAUGAUGUUUACUAUAACCGUAAAGGAUAAGCAUUAUACUAUUUAAAGAAAUAUGAAGAAUCAAUUAUAGAAUUUGAUAAAGCAAUUAAAUUAAAUCCAAAUUAUGAUGAUUACUAUAAUAGUAAAGCAUUAUACAAUUUAAAGAAAUAUGAAGAAUCAAUUAUAGAAUUUGAUAAAGCAAUUAAAUUAAAUCCAAAUUAUGAUGAUUACUAUAAUAGUAAAGGAUAAGCAUUAUACUAUUUAAAGAAAUAUGAAGAAUCAAUUAUAGAAUUUGAUAAAGCAAUUAAAUUAAAUCCAAAUUAUGAUGAUUACUAUAAUAGUAAAGGAUAAGCCUUAUACAAUUUAAAGAAAUAUGAAGAAUCAAUUAAAGAAUAUGAUAAAGCAAUUGAAUUAAAUCGAUAUCAUGCUGAAUACUAUGAUAAUAAAGGUUGA